AUGCGGUCCAUUGCUACAGAAACCCAGCUCACCGUGGAAGAGGUUCACUCCUCCAUCGCCAAAUCUUGGAGAGUUGCCAUGUCUGAGCUCAAAGCGAUGAAAGAAGAACUUGAUCUCUUCCUCGAACACGAUCGUCAGCGGAGUACCGCCGACAGCACUUUGAGGCUACUUGGAAUGCUCGAUCGCGUGGCUUCUGCGGAUAUGGAUGCCCAAAACUCGAAUGGGUGUCUCGAGGGCACCCGUGUCGACCUCUUACGCGACCUCAUGCUCUGGGUCCGCGACUCUCGCUCGCCGCGCAUCCUUUGGCUCAACGGCAUGGCGGGCACCGGAAAGUCCGCCAUAGCCCGGUCAUUCUCCCGUAAUCUACGCUCGGAAGGUCUCCUUGGUGGCACCUUCUUCUGCUAUCGCAUGACCGCCGAUCAGGCCGACGUUAGACGAAUCAUACCCACGAUAGCAGUCUCCCUGGCGUUGCGUGACAUCCACUGCACCGAGACAUUGCUAGCCGAGCUCGACGCAGACUCCUCUUUUCGCGAAUGGGAUCUUGAGACACAGAUCGAGCGUUUACUAUGCAAAACCUUUGCUGGCAUUGAGCAUGACGCCAAUCCCAUGCCAAUAGUGGUUAUAGAUGCCCUCGACGAAUGCUCAGACCAAUCGGUCACACGCGACCUGUUAUCUAGGCUGAUAGAGUGCGUCGACAGGCUACCUGUUAAGUUCUUCUUAACGUCGAGGCCCGAGCCGCAUAUUCAAGAGACUCUCGAGAGCAUGCAUCCUGAUGUUGGCAAGGUCGUACGACUGCAUGAUAUAGAGCAUGCCGUUGUGAGGAGCGAUAUCUCUCGGUUCAUUACACAUUCUCUCGCCAGCAUGCGCUCCCCAUCUUUUCGUAUGGACUGGCCGCCGCGGGCACAGGUCGAUACUCUCACUCGGUUAUAUGGGUCGGUGUUCCUUCAUGCAUCCAGGGCCGUGACGUACAUCGAGAGAGACCCCGUGGAACGUCUUGCGCGUCUUACAGUCACACCUGAUCCUGGCGGUCAUGUUGCGACCCGAUCGCUGGACGACAUGUACAACCUCAUUCUCUUCGAUGCCACAACCCCAGACGAGAAUGAGGUCGAGGAUAUCGGCGUGACUCCCCUUAGGGUGGCGUCUCAUUGUCAGCCAUUGACUGCCGCGGCGCCGGGUGUCGCUGUUGAAGGAAUGAACACCUUCCAGGAAGAUGCGACGCACGAAGUCAGAAUGGCACGCGCUUCUAGUCUAGGAUCAAGCAUUCCCCUCAGGGAAGUAUCAUCAGUCAGUCAACCCGAGCCCCUGCCUUCUCCUGCCACCUUGUCAGCCCCGGCGACGGGCGCCGUCAGGAUACAGUGGUUGCACAGGUUAUGUGGCAACCUAACACAUUACGAAACCCUAAAUCGUGCCCAACACUCCAACGGCAUUGGUGCUUUCAGAGAUAUUCACGACAAGCUGAUAUCUGACUGGCACUCCAUGAGGAUCAUCUUACUUGCCAUAUCUGCAUGUGACAUAACAGUGUACGGGUUCUCCUCGCAAACCGACUUCACAGUCGACAAGACUACCAAGCGGUGUCUUGUCGUAUCCGCUGUAUCGGCUGGCAUCGGUAUCAUGGCUACGUCGACCCUUCUCUCUCAAUAUUCGGGGAUGGAUACUCGUGCUUUUGUUCUUCGCGCUAGAGGCAGACGUCGAGGAGGAGAUUACAUGCUCUUCGCCAUCGCUUCAAUGCUCCCGCGAUGGUCGACUUUCCUAGCAUCAACAUCAUUGGCCCUGUUCAUCAUCAUAACGGCAUACUCUACGUGGCCUGCUGCGGUGCUUGUACUCUGUAUUCUUGCGGUGCUACUUUGGUGCCUGCAAUUUAUCUGA